UUCCGGUCCGCGGGGCGCGCAGGCGGCGCGAGUUGUCGGUGCAGGUGUCUCUCCGCACGUGGACCGCGCUGUGAGCGUGGGGCCGGCUCGGAGCGGCUUACCCACGUCGCUGUAGGUAACACCGUCUCAGUGCCAUUCCUGUCCCAGGGCAGAGGCCGGCCUCCGGCAGCAGUGCAAGAAGCGCCUUCGGCCAUGGACUACCGGCGGCUGCUGAUGAGCCAGGUGGUGCCCGGGCAGUUCGACGACGCGGAGUCCUCUGACAGUGAGAACAUUGAGUUGAAGACAAUCAAAGUGGAAGAUGGCAGUCUGUUUGGAAACCUCCAAAAUCAUGUGAUGGAGAAGGGUGAAGGUGAGAUAGAAGAUGAGAAGGAGGAAGAAGAGGACUACUAUGAUGAUGACAGUGACUGGGAUUGGGAUGAUGGAGUUGGAAAACUCACCAAAGGUUAUUCCUGGAAUGGAGGGAGUAACCCACAGGCUAAUCGACAGGCUUCCAACUGCAAUUCAGCCAGAAUGUCUACUCCAACUGAUAAGGUCUUAAGGAAAUUUGAAAAUAAAAUUAAUCUAGAUAAGCUAAAUGUUACUGAUUCUGUCAUAAAUAAAGUCACGGAAAAAUCUAGACAAAAAGAAGCAGAUAUGUAUCGCAUUAAGGAUAAAGCUGAUCGAGCAACUGUAGAGCAGGUUUUGGACCCCAGAACAAGAAUGAUUUUAUUUAAGAUGUUGACCCGAGGAAUCAUAACAGAAAUAAAUGGAUGUAUUAGCACAGGAAAAGAAGCUAAUGUAUACCAUGCUAGCACAGCAGAUGGAGAGAGCAGAGCAAUCAAAAUUUAUAAAACUUCAAUUCUGGUGUUUAAAGAUCGGGAUAAGUACGUUAGUGGGGAAUUCAGAUUUCGUCACGGCUAUUGUAAAGGAAAUCCUCGAAAAAUGGUGAAAACUUGGGCCGAAAAGGAAAUGAGGAACUUAAUCAGGCUGAACACAGCAGAGAUACCAUGUCCAAAGCCAAUAAUGCUAAGAAGUCAUGUUCUUGUCAUGGGGUUCAUUGGUAAAGGUGACAUGCCUGCACCACUAUUAAAAAACACUCAGUUAUCUGAAUCCAAGGCCCGAGAGUUAUAUCUGCAAGUCAUUCAGUACAUGAGAAAAAUGUAUCAGGACGCCAGGCUUGUCCACGCAGACCUCAGUGAAUUUAACAUGCUGUAUCAUGGCGGAGAUGUGUAUAUCAUUGAUGUUUCUCAGUCUGUGGAACAUGACCACCCGCAUGCCUUAGAGUUUCUAAGAAAAGACUGUGCCAAUGUCAACGAUUUCUUUCUGAAGCACGCUGUGGCUGUCAUGACUAUGCGGGAGCUCUUUGAGUUUGUAACGGAUCCUUCCAUUACAGCUGAGAACAUAGAUGCUUACCUAGCCAAGGCCAUGGAAAUAGCGUCUCAAAGGACCAAAGAAGAAAGGUCUAACCAGGAUCAUGUGGAUGAAGAGGUAUUCAAGCGAGCUUAUAUUCCUAGAACCUUGAAUGAAGUAAAAAAUUAUGAGAGGGACAUGGACAUAAUGAUGAAACUGAAAGAAGAGGACAUGGCCAUGAAUGCUCAACAAGACAAUAUUUUAUACCAGACUGUCACCGGAUUAAAGAAAGAUUUGUCAGGAGUUCAGAAGGUCCCUGCACUCCUAGAAAGCCAAGUUGAGGAAAAGACUCAUUCUGAUUCAGAAGAUGCUGGAGACUCUGAGUGCUCUGACACAGACUCUGAAGAGCAGGGGGACCAUACUCACUGUAGAAAACAUACCACUGACCCUGACAUUGAUAAAAAGGAAAGAAAAAAAAUGGUCAAGGAAGCCCAGAGAGAGAAAAGAAAAAACAAGAUUCCUAAACAUGUGAAAAAAAGAAAAGAAAAGGCAUCCAAAACAAAAAAAGGCAAAUAGAAUGAGGGCUCCAAUCUGUUCGAUCCUCUACCAGCUACCUUUCCUACCUGAGCUUGGAGCUGCAUGAAGCUGGAAGGUAGCAUCUUCACUUUAACAAAUUUUUGUCAUGAACCAUCUAUGGAGAUUGAUUCAGAUGUCCAGCUCUAAUAGUCACUGGAGUGGUGAUGACAGAAGAUUUAUUUAUGGUAUUAAUGAAGAACUUUUUACAUUUUAACUUUUAUAUUUUUCUCCUGCAAAUACAUUUUUAGACUCAUGUAAAUAUUUAAAUGUGAUGGACAUCUGUAACUUUUAUGUAAAUGUAAAGACAAUUUGGACAAACGUGGAGAAUUCACUUUGCUUUCUUUGUACAUGCCAGAGUCACUUCUGACAUACAAAUCACUGGGUAUAAUAAGUUAUCUCAGCUCUGUUUUUGCACAUCUGUGGUCAUUUGUCACCAUUAGCAUUCUUGGAACUGUGGCUUCUCAGUUCACCUCUCACAGUUAAUUAUUUGUCAUGUUCAUCCAUUACUCAGAUAUUUGAGUAUAUUAAAUGCUGGAGAUAUAUCAGUGAACAAAAUAGACAAAAAUUGCUCUAUUUUAAUAGUUCACUUUUUAAUAGGAAGAUAAACAAUUUUUAUCAGGAGGCAAUAAAUUCUAUGGAAGGAAAGUAACACUGAGAAGGGAGAAUGCCCAGGGAAGUAGGAGUUUGCAGUGUAAAGUAGAUUUCUUAGAAAGGCCAUACUGAGAGAUGAUAUUUAAACACAUAAAGAAACCGAGUCAUGAUAGGCUUCAUGGCACAUGCCUGUAAUCCCACACUCAGGAGACAGAGGCAGGAGGGUUGUGAGUUCCAAACCAAGUCUAGUCUUGACUACAUAAGCCAGCCUGCACUACAUAGUGAAACCCUGUCUCAAAAAACAAGCCAAUAAAAAGCUGAGUUAUGUGCAUGUCAAGAAGGAAGAACAUUUCAGGCUCAGUGAACAGUCAUGGAAAAGCCCUGAGGCAGAAUUACUCUAGAAAUGGCGCUAAAGCAUUAGAAUCAAGCAAUGAAAUCGGCUAUUGUAAGGCUGUUGGAGAGUUGUGAGCAAAGGAAUGAUGGGACCUGACUUUUGUCUUGAAAGGAUCCCUAUAGCCUCUGGAGGAUUGACCAGAGUCUGGGCGAAUUGAAUUGUGCAUGCUUGGCAUAACCCAAGUGAGAGAUGCUGAUGGCUUGCCCGAGGAUGGUAGCGGAGGAAGUGGAGAGAAGAGGCUGGGCAUGCUAAGGCAUCUGACUUUUCUAUCAUUUUGUAGGUUUGUUCUCUCAUCUCCAAAUAACAUACAUGUUUGUGAAGGUUUUCUAUGUGAAUUUUGGGUAAUUUCUUUGAAGUACAGAAUCACAGCUAUUUCCUAUGAAACCUGUCCUCAUUCUGCCUUCUGUAAAGCACUUUUGGGCAACAGAGCUGUAAUUACUCAGCUUGGUGCUUCAUCACUUGAGUUGGUCUGUGAGGAGAUAGUACGGCAGCUUUUUGCCUGGUCAAAUGUGAGUCCUUGCUGUUUUUCCGAUAGCAAAUUUGCUUUGCUUUAUCUGCAUUUUAUUCAAGAUGGACUUAAGCUAUUGAAACACUCUAUAUUGUGACACUAAGAGUACUUUGAGAAGAUUCCACUCUCCUCCCCUUUCAUGAAUGCACUGUAAUUCUGUAGUAGGAGCUCAUUUCUUGGCUACCUGUGCUAUGGUUGGUAUCUCAUUAACCAGAUUCAAGAGGUGAAGAGACAAAAGAUUCUUCCAGA